CUUCAUUCUUACUCUACGCUCGAGGGUGUAUACGUCUUUCACGCUGAGGAGUUGACGGAGCGCUGUAUCGUAUAAACGACAAUAGAUCUUCAGUCGUUGGAAUCAGCCUCCUCCCCCUCUUUGGUGUGUGUUUUACAUCGGCAACGUACAUUUGCCACGAACAAUGAGGAACAAUCUGAAAGCACAGAUCACCUGGCUAAAUGAGUCCAAGGCCAACGUUGUAUCACGAAGCGCGCUUUUAGAUAUUACCAGCAAGAGCAACUCCGAGUAUAACCAUGUUACUUCGAGUAGGUCGAACAACAGUGUACCCAAGGCCACUGCAGCUACACCACACAACACAAAUUCAAAGUUGGAACAGAGCUCAGAUCUCACAUCGCUGGUGAGCUCUGCGAUAAAACCAACGAGGUCAUCAGGGUUAAGAGUUGCCAGGAAAGAGCAUCCACUACGAUCUUCGGCCAGCCAUGUGGACUCCUCUCCAGAACCGCAGUUCAGAGCGCCUAGUGGUCCUACUGUACGGCAUGCAGCAGUCAUUGAUUUGACAUUUGACGAAUCCAACCUCCAUGCAGCAGACAAAAAGAAGAGAUCACAAACCUCGGUCAUAGCAGCACCGAGUAAACGACAAAGGACCACACCCAAUUCCAUUGAGAGUUUUGCUAACGACUUUAAUGACUACACUUAUAAUGACGAUACCAAUUUCCACUCUUCCCCAAUAGAAGGGGAAAUACAGCCCGCACCAGAACGGCCAGCACCUUUGAAUCAACCUACACCACCUUUUGUUCCGCAGAGGGAUUGUAAGGAUCGUUUAAUUGCUUUACAAAGAAGUUAUAUUCAACUCUGUGAGCAGAGAAUUUCACUUCUUCAGCAGAGAAUUGAUAUAGAGACAUCCACUGCACUUUCAGAAGAUGACAAGAAGAAGAAAAGAAUAGAUUUGGGGGAACGUGUCUUAAGGGUUGAGGCAGCACAGCAAAGGGUUAAAAAUGACCUCAAUUCGGUAAAUUCAACGGUUGUCCAGACCCCAUCUCCGGCUGUAUCACCACCUCAAUCCAACGUUGUGGUUGCUCAAGUUGCAGAUACUAUUAUGGAGCGCACCUCUCAAGAAACACCACUAACAAGGCCACCUGUACACAAUUCUGAGGUCACAGUGCAACCGUUGAUCCAGAGCUCUGCGCUUUCAACUGAGACUCCAGGAAAUAUUAUGGACAUGGACAUUCCGGAUGAAGAUUUACAAAUCGAAGAUGCCGAGAUGGCUGAUGAAGAGGAGGAGGAGGAUGAUCAAGGAGUUCAUACCAUGGAUGGCCUUGUAACUAGUGAUCCUGAAGAUGAAGAUGAAAUCAGAAGAGAAUUGGGUGAUUUUGUAAUUUAUGAAGAUGGAAAGGAAGAUUCCGAAGAUGAAGAUUUUGUGGAUGCCUCUGAAAACAUUGAACCUCUCGAUGAUGACGAUGAUAAUGAUGAAAACGAUGAAGCCUUUAGUGUGUUAAAAGUUUCGCAAAGUGAAGUUUUGAAUUUGAGAAACUCUAGUGACUCUGAAGGUGAGGAUAUUGUCCCUGACUCUUAUAAGAGAGUAGAAGAGCAAUCAUCUAGUGAUCUAGAAGAAAUUCAAGAUUUCACUGCACAUGAAAGCAAGUUGAUAAGAUCUGACGAUGAAGAUGAUGACAUUCCAGAAGCUUAUGAGAUCGGAGACAACUUUGAUGAUGAAAGAGAGAUCAUUCAGUCUCAAGAAGCUAUUCAGAUCAAUUCAGAUAGUGACCUUGAUAACAUGGACAUACCACCUCCUAAACUGCCCCUUGUAUCCCGCACGCAAUUUGAUAAUGUUCCAAGCUCGCCAAUUAUGGAAUCUCAGAUAGAAUCUCAGUUGGAUGAUCCUGAAUUCGACAAAUUGUUAGAACAAGGCCCAUUACCUGGUGAGUCAUAUCCUUGGACCAAUGAAGUUUUUGCUAAACUCAAGCAGGUUUUCAAACUAUCUUCGUUCAGACCAAAUCAACUGGAGGCUGUCAAUUCGACCCUUUCUGGUAAAGAUACUUUUGUUCUUAUGCCAACAGGAGGAGGAAAAUCGUUAUGUUAUCAAUUGCCGGCUGUCGUGAAAUCUGGUACAACUAGCGGUACUACAAUCGUUGUUUCUCCAUUGAUUUCGUUGAUGCAAGAUCAAGUGGAACAUUUGUGGGCUAAGAACAUUCCAGCUGGCCUGAUCAACAGUAAGAGCUCAUCUGAAGAGAGAAAAACAACGUUCAAUUUGUUCGUCAAUGGUAUGUUGGAUUUGGUUUAUCUAUCGCCAGAGAUGAUCAGUGCUUCUAAACAGGCACAGUCUGCAAUCUCGAGAUUGCACAAGGAGGGCAAGUUGGCGAGAAUUGUGAUUGAUGAAGCUCACUGUGUAAGUAGUUGGGGUCAUGACUUUCGACCAGAUUACAAAGCACUUUCUAUUUUCAAGGAUCAGUAUCCCGAUAUACCUGUCAUAGCAUUGACCGCUACCGCAAACCAGCAGGUUCGAAUGGAUAUUGUCCAUAAUUUGAAAUUGAAAGAUCCUGUUUUUUUGAAACAGAGUUUCAAUAGAACAAACUUGUUUUACGAAGUUUUACCAAAGGACAAGAACUUCAUGAAAGAUCUUGAAACAAAGAUCAAAACCAAGUUUAAAGAUGAGACAGGUAUCAUUUAUUGUCAUUCAAAGAACUCAUGUGAACACACCUCUGAAAGGCUCAUGAAUGCCGGAAUUAAGGUUGCAUUUUAUCAUGCCGGAAUGGAUCCUGAUGACAGAUUAGUGAUACAAAGGAAAUGGCAAUCUGGAGAAAUCAAGGUCAUAUGCGCAACCAUUGCAUUCGGUAUGGGUAUUGAUAAACCAGAUGUCCGGUUUGUGAUUCACCUAACUCUUCCUCGCACUUUAGAAGGCUACUAUCAGGAAACUGGUAGAGCUGGUAGGGAUGGGAAGUACAGUUGGUGUACGCUAUACUUUAGUCUCCGUGAUGCAAUUCUACUUCAAAAUAUGAUCCAUAGGGAUUCUGAACUGGAUGCAGCUGGUAAAGAUAAACAUUCAAACAAAUUGAGACAGGUUACACAGUACUGUGAGAAUCGUACGGAUUGUCGACGUGAACAAGUACUGCGCUACUUUAACGAGGAGUUCGAUAAACGUGACUGUCACAACAACUGUGAUAAUUGUAAAGCUGGUGGUACAGAGAUGCUUCACCGUGAUGUCACUGAAUAUGCUAAAAAAUUCACAUCAUUGGUGAAGCAAAUUCAGAAAAACAAGGUGACACUGAUCUACUGUCAAGACAUUUUCCGUGGCUCUAAAGCAAAUAAAAUUGUUCAGUCUGGUUAUGACAAGUUGUCUGAACACGGUGCAGGAAAAAAUCUAGAUAAAGUUGAUCUACAAAGAAUGGCCUUCCACUUAAUCUCUGAGAAGAUAUUGGAAGAGUUCAAUGUGAUGAACAAUGCUGGUUUUGCAGCUAGUUAUAUCAGGGUUGGGCCAAACGCCAAUUUACUAAUGUCAGGUAGAAAGAAGAUUGUGAUGAGUUUUGCUGAUAAAGCUCAACAAUCGACAAGUGAUCGGGCCUCUGGGCGCAGUUAUACAGACACUGAUAACAAUCAGAUGCCUUCAUCCACUCCAAAGAUCAUCAGUGCAAGAACACACCUUGAAAGAACUUCUUCAGGUUUAGCACCUGCUCCACCUCCCAUUCCAACGAUGAGAACAGCGCCUCAAUCCACUAGAAUUACACUCAAUAUGAGACAAUUUGAGACUGAGCAGGACAAGACAAGAUUCGUUGAGUGUUAUAAGCAAUUGUCUGAUAAAUCCCAUGAAAUUAUGAGUCGGUUGAAGUUUAAGUUGAGUUCUUCGGUGUGUACCGCUGUCACUCUACGCGAUAUGGCCUCCAAGCUCCCACAGACCGAAUCCGAAUAUCUCCAGCUAGCUGGUGUCACGACCGAUGACCAUAAAAAGAUGUUCAAGUAUUUUGAACCUCUGUUGAAGAAGUUGAAAUCCGAAGGUGCUGAUGGAUCGAGGUCUAGAUAUUGGAAUCGUCAAAGACAAGAGGACAACAUGGCAAUUAUUGACGUGUUAAAAGCGUCUCAGAAGCCGUCGCAAGAUAAGUCCAAACCUAACGGUAGAAAGGGCAAAGCUGGUUCUAAAAGUGGUGGAAAGAGCAAUGGCUCUGGUUUCAGAAGGGGGAGCAGUCAGACUAAGAGAAAGGGAGGAAGGUCGGUAAGAGGUCCAAGAACUAAACAAUUAUCAAUGCCUUUAUAGUUGAACGUGAACUCAAUUAUAUAUUAUGACAGCGUAUGUAAGGCCAAAUAUCAUCAACCUAUUUAAUGCCAAGUUUUGCAAGUUACACUGUAUCAUCGUGGUAUACAAAUCUCGUGUCCUUUGGGUUCUUCGGAGCGUGUUUAAAAUAAGACGAAUCAUCUGGCGGUCUCUCUGACCUUGUAUUCGAGGCCAGGAAUGAAUGGAGCGAUAAGAGUAUACUUCUGAUGGUAUGAACAGGUGUCCAUGCGGUCCCCAGCAGAUCAAGGCAGAUGUGACCGUUUGUAUAUAUAUGUGGAUGUAUUGGUAUCGAAACGAUUCCCCGAUCAAUAUCCUUGACAAACAUACACGCUGGAGGCGUGAAUGGAUAUUCCUCUGUGAUGGUAAACUUCACCUUGUAAACCUGGUCCUUAUACAGCGGGUUUCCAUCUACUGAUAUUGUGGCGAAGAGAACGUAGAUAUUAUCUGUUAGCUCGAUGUUUAUC